AUGAACGGGAUUGUGGCUCAACUACAGGAUCACUACCCGGAUGCUGCUUUCAUGGUCUUCAAUUUCAAAGAAGGGGAAAGGAGGAGCCAGUUAUCCGACUUGCUAUCUCAGUAUGAUAUGACGGUAAUGGAUUACCCUCGGCAAUAUGAAGGGUGCCCUCUAUUACCACUGGAGAUGAUACAUCACUUUUUACGAUCAAGCGAGAGCUGGUUAUCGCUCGAGGGCCAACAGAAUGUUCUUUUAAUGCACUGCGAAAGAGGAGGAUGGCCCAUGCUGGCUUUCAUGCUUGCUGGCCUUCUUUUGUAUAGAAAACAGUACACUGGAGAGCAGAAAACUCUUGAGAUGGUAUACAAACAAGCACCCAGAGAGCUGCUUCAUCUUUUGUCUCCUUUAAAUCCACAGCCAUCUCAGGUCAGAUACCUUCAGUACAUCUCUAGAAGAAUCUUUGGGUCAGAGUGGCCACCGUCAGAUAAGCCAUUGGCUUUGGAUUGUAUUAUACUUAGAGUUCUUCCUCCACUUGGUAGUGGAAGAGGGUGCAGACCCGUAGUUCAUGUAUAUGGUCAAGAUCCUUCGGUAAAAUCAUCAAGUCGAAGUUCCAAGCUUUUAUUUUCGAGUUCUAAAGUGAAAAAAAAUAUUCGUUUUUAUCGGAAGGAAGAGUGUGACUUAGUGAAAAUUGAUAUCCAUUGCCGUGUUCAAGGGGAUAUUGUUCUUGAGUGCAUUCAUUUGGAGGACGACACAUUGAGAGAGGAGACGAUUUUCAGAAUUAUGUUUCAUACUGCAUUUGUCAGAUCGAAUGUUAUGUUGCUGACCCGUGACGAUGUUGAUGUUCUCUGGGAUGCCAAGGACCAAUUUCCAAGGGAUUUCAGAGCAGAGGUGCUCUUUUCAAAUGCAGAUUCUGUUGCAUCCAUUAUCACUACAAAAGAAGCUGCAUGUGAAGAUGGAAAUGAAGCAGAAAUUAACUCACCAGAAGAGUUUUUCGAGGCAGAAGAGAUUUUCAGCAGUGUUGAACCUGAUAACCACACAGUUAAACCAACCUCCCCAGACAAUGGGAAUCAUCAUGAAGUAUCUUUGAAGGAUGGUUACAAUUAUCAUGCUUAUGAAGAUUGUGCAUCAGAUGAGGGUAUUCAGGGACAUGAGCGUGCUUUGCACCAGGACAAAAUUAUGUUGCCCAAUGGGGAUAGUCAGUUGGACAGUAAUAAUGGUAAGUUGGAAGGAGAGAGAGAUAAGCAGAAUGAAGAAGAUGCUCCUUCUGUAGCGAAACAUAAGUUAGCUGCUGAUAAUAAUAUUAAGAAGGGGGUCUCGACUGUGAUGAACAAACAGAUGGUGGCGUCCAGUAGUUCAAAGUCUGCUUCAGAUUCAGUCGACACAAACAAGAAAUCUAAGAAGCAAGACACUCAGGGCCUUACCUUAAGAAAAGCCAAGCCAGAUGCUGUGUCUAGGUGGAUACCUUCUAAUAAAGGCUCUUACACUAACUCAAUGCAUGUUUAUUAUCCUCCAUCUGCAAGACAUAACAGCGCACCACCACCACCAGCUACUACUGGCAAGGGUGCUUCAACGGGGGGAAAAUCUAAGGCUCAAUUUCUUAUUCCAUCUUCAGAAAAAGAAAAACCUGCAACUGCUGAAAAAUCUUCUACUCCAAGCCGUUCAAACCCAGGAACCUAA